AUGGCUCCUGCCGGAUGUCUCCCCGUGGCCGGACUCGGUUGCAAGAAGAGCAACAAGAAGCGCCUCUACGUGGCUCUUUACCCGAGCGGCGUCGUUGGCAAUGAAGAGCGCCGCUACCACUGGGCCCUGAUUAUGUCGCCCAAGGUCGAAGAAAAGGACGGCCAUCCCGCCGAGGGCACCCGCUUCCAUGUCAAGAAUCCUCCUGGCUCGGCUUGGAUCUACGAGGAGCAGCCGCUCCCCGACCCCCGCGUCUCGGCCAACCUGCUCGUGCGCGUGCUGAUCGCCAAGGUCGAGAACGAGGGCCGCCUCCGCACUCUCAUCCGCUCUACCACGCUCACCGGCAUCGCGUCCGCGUCGGCGCCCGUCCAGCACUCUGCCGCCAGCGGCGUCCUCGACCACAACUACCGCCCUUCGUGCAGCUCCGACGGCUUCCGCUGCCGCACCUGGGUCGCCGACGUUUUCGAGCGCCUCCACGCCGACUCGCGCGAGCAGCUCGAGGUCAACGGCCGCUCCGGCGCGCUUCUCUCCAUCGGCACCGCCGUUUCCGACUGGCGCGACGUCGAGGACACGGCCCGCCUGUACGCCGCCCGCAAGGCGGCCGAGGGACGCUUCGAGAGCGUCGAGCUUUCGAUCCGGCCGAAGCCCACCUGGGACAUGCUCAAGAACAAGGAGGUUAUCGAAUAA